GAUCAAGCGAAGCUCUAGCUCGUUCCAGUCUCUCCAAGUACAGCCCCAGUCAUUGCCAACGAGGAAUGGGUUCCCUGGUAGAACGAACAAGACGGCAGAGAUGCUAACCGCUAAACGCCGAGCAUUACAAAUAUGCACGCACCAAACUUGCAGAAAGUUUUCGAGGAACCGCUGUCCGCAUGGACUCAAGAGAUGAUGACAGACGCUCCUAUCUUGACCACUUCCCCCAAUUACUUAGACAAAGCGCAUAUACGUAUGCCGUUCGCUGAGAGCCCCUUCGUUAUCAAGGGGCAGGAUGCAAGGCAGAAAGUGCACCCUCAAGAAGUACACAGCAAUACCCAGGCUCAAGAUGAAAGACAACUCGCACAACACACGAGUACACAAUGUCUGAAAAUUUGAAGUUCACUGAGCCCCGGGCUUUCCGACCAACCAGACGAGCUGUGAACAUCCUGUGAAGAGCAUCUCCAGGCGGCGAUCACUCGUCCCCGUCCGCAGCUCCACUACAAGCUGCGGCCAGAGGCACGCAAGGAGAUUCAGCCACAAACGAUAUUGACAGGCUGAGCUGCAUAGCAUCUCGCAGAAAUGCUUGGGCUCAAUAGCUCAGCAGCGAGCGCAGCAGCGACCGAAAGGGUUUUGGCCUAAGUGUCCUGUCUUCGGGAGCACAGCUCGAUUAACGAUUAGCCACCGUCCAUGCAUCUAUUGUUGGUCUUAGGGCUCCUCGGGGAUCGACAGAGCGGGGUGGAAAAGGGUGGAGAGCAAUUUAUC